AUGGACGAUGAAGUGUUAAUCAUCCCCCAGGGAGCCGUCCCGCGGAAAGUCGUCAUUAAUUUCUCUGAAUUACACCAAUUCCGAGACAUUCUUUAUGGACAGACACGUGGCCCACCUGUCGGGCACCCAUCUCCCCGCUGCACCCAUCUCCCCGGGACCCCUUCUCUCCAUCCCGCUGCCCCUCCCUGCACCUGCGCCCUCACCGCACCUGCCCUUGAGAAUCUGGGGGAGGUAGGUGCGGUUCAGACCCCAAGAGAAGGAAGGCGGCCGCCCUCUUUCCCGCCCCUUCUGGCUUCCUGGACACUGGGACCCAAGCGAACCCCUGUCCAGGCGCUGCGGGCGCACCCGGGACAACCCCGCCCCCGCCCCGCGCCCAGGGCUCCAGGGCCCAGCGCGCCAAGGGUCGGCCUGGGCAGCCCUGGGACCUCGCGGGGGCCCGGUGUCUCGGUCUCCUCCACCCCCAAGCCCCUGUCCCUCCUCCCGAGGGGCAGGACGGAGGCCAAUGCGGGCCGUCCCCCAGCAGGUCGCCGCCCCACCCCCGCGCGGCUCUGCGCCGCCUCCGCGCCUUUUCUGCUCGCGGAUAAUUUAUGUCAGCGAGCCGAGCAGAUGGCGGGUAAUUUAGCAAUUACCGUGCGCGAGAACGGACUCCGCGCCUCCACAUGGAAGGCGAAGCGUCCCCUCGUCUGGUCUCAGCGGCUGCCUGUUGGCUCUGCGCGGCCUCCCCUCCCCCCUGCCACACCCGAGGUCCCCCUCGGCCCGGUCCCUCCCAGCACCAGGUGUGGGACACCUGCCCAGCGGCAGCUCAUCCCCUCCUCUCGCCUUAAGCCUUCCUGUCCCGGGAGGUUGGGGGGCCGAGGGCCCGUCCUACCUCCUCCCCUCUCCCCACCUCUGCAGGUGUCCCGUGGGCUCUCUCCCUGA